UUCGGUAAUGCACGUAAUGCAAACUUCGAUAAUCAACCGCCACCGGUAUGCAGGCCGCCGUUGCUUGAGACUCGGCCACCAUUUCUUCUCGGAGUACCGAACAAUAUGCAAAAUCAACAGAUCAUUUACCAGCAACAAAAUUCUCAAGUACAAUCUUUCCAGCAUUACUCACCGAACGGUUCGCUCCAAGGUCCAUCGCAUUUUGUAGAUAAUAGACCGCAAUUCAACCCUAACCAAUUUCAAAGUCAAGUGGGCCCUAGAAUAAUCGGGCCGAGGUUAGAUUACGGGCCCCGAGUUGGCUUGCCAGGAUCGCUUCAAGGACUUGGCCACCCACCGUCUUACAAUCACCCAUCCAGUCAACCACCGUACAUCCAGAUUCAACCGGGGCCAACGGCAGCCACGGGCCCGUUUCAAACGUCAGCCGCCCUCAUGCAAGAGGGUCCUAACCCAGUACGACUGAUGCAAAACAGUCAGGGCCCGUUGUUGCAAGGGAAUCCCGGAGGAACGAUUCUUGGAAGUCUGAACUCGGCGGUGCCUGGAACUGGAUCGGUGGCACCGUUGUUGCAGGGUAAUCAACCCUUACCUAUGCAAGCAUAUCCACGACAAGCUACUUCCCAGGGGCCGCUCAUUAAUCAUCCUAACGUCAAUCAAAUGCCAAAUCAAUCGCCCUUUGAGAACAGACCACCUUUCCAAGAAGCAGCUCAAUUUGAAAACCGACCCGUUUACGAUUCGAGGUCCGGCUAUUCCGAUCAAGUACCUACCAGUCAAUUUAAUACUAAUACGUUACCUGUACCACAACAGUCCACUUCCAAUGUACCCAAUGUACCUUUACCUCCAGGGCACAAGAUUUUAAUCAAUCCUCACUUUCGAGGAGCCGUUCAGUCGACGAACGACGCAAGACUCGCAUGGGAUUCCAAUCAACAACAAACACCCAGUUUACCAUCCCAAGUUUCUUCUGGCCAGUUUUCACAGUCUACUGUCUCAUAUCAGAAUCAAAGUUCGUACAACCAAACUCAACAAGGACCAGCACAUUAUCAACAGAAUUAUCAACAGAAUAAGAGUGAUGAUCCUUAUGCAUACUUUUCUGAUGUGUGGCAAGAAAAUAAACCGCAGAAAAAUCAAACUGGAACGCCAAACAAACAAUAUCCUCUGGAAAGUAAUUACUUACGAGAUGGUAGCUAUGAAACCAGUUCAAAGUAUAAAUCGGAUCAGUGGGAUCAAAAAAAUAAUUAUUCACAGGAUCAUAGAGGAGUCCAUCAAAAUUAUCGUGACAGAGAUUUGUCGUCAAAAACUAGAAACGAUCAUGUUUCAAAAAAUAGGACUUGCUCGUCAACUGUGUAUCGUGAAAACUACGACCAAAAUCAUGUACAGAAAUCUAGCAACAGAUCAGUGAAUACUUCGAUAAGAACUAGGUUACCACAGAAAAGAGUUCCCAACUCUGUAGAUAAAGCUUCACGUGAUUUGAGUCCAAAGCGAAUAAAGCUUAGCAAUAGAAAUCUCCAAGAAGUAAGAACAGUGGAUACGUUAAACAACGCCAAUAAUGAUAAAAAGGAUGAAGAAAAUGAUCCAGAAAUGCAAGAAUACAGAAAAAAGAUGGAGGAACAGAAACGUCUUAGGGAAAAGAUUCUGCGAGAAAAAGAAAAUCGACGGAAAAUGGCUGCAAUGGAGAAACAAAAUGAUGAAGCUAAGAACGAAAAUACAUCAAAUGAAAAUACGCAGGAUACAAAACCUAUAUCAGCACUUAUGGGAGUAGUAAAAGAUGUUUCCAUAAAUAAAGGGCAUACUAGUAUUGGAAGAGGACGUGCUCGUCCUAUUAAUACACAAUCUACAGAGGUUCCAGAAAAAUCAUCAUGUAUACGAAUUGUUCGGACAAUACAAACAGUACAACCUAACGAUUCUGUAGAUUCUGCGAAAGAUAGUAAUUCUGGACAUGCGAUUAAUCAAGUAAAUGAACAUACAAAAGUAUUAAAUUCCCAAUCUGGAACACGAAGAAUUGUGAUUCAAAAGCCAUUACUGAAUACACAGAAGGUUGCCACUACUAUACAAAAAACAGUGUCGAAUUUACAAAAAGGUCAGCUAUUAAUGCAAAACAAAUUAGUCAAUGUCGUUCAAUGUCAGUCUCAAAGAGUUGGUCAGAAUCAAGCUGAUGUUCUGAAAAAACUGAAUACAAACAUAGGACAGAAAGUUGUUGGAACUUCACAGAGAAUUGUUAAACAAAAAUCUCCAGCAAAUUUUCAAAAAACUAUUAUCAAUGUACAAGAAAUAACCAAUACAAAUGCACAAAAGAGUGUUGUUACGCAAAGUAAUCAAAGAGUUGUACUUCAAAAAACGCUUGUACAGCAGAAAAAAAUACCGGAAAUAAAAACAAAUACUGUGAAGGUAGAAAAUUUGGCAGCAAGUACGUCUGAAGCACAAAUUAGACGUAUGUGUCAAGGCAUCGGGACAAUUGAGAGCAUACAAAUGGGUGAGCGCAGCGCAACGAUUGUGUUUAAGACGCAGUCUGCUGCUAUGGUGUUUCACAAGAAAUACCAACGUAAAAUGCUAGACCUUUCGCUGAUAACCGUUCGCCUUGUACCGCAAUCAAGCGGAACCAAGACUACGGCCACAGUUGUAAAAAUUUCU